AAAGGAAAUUCUUUUCUUUAGCCCGCAGUGAAGGUCCAAAGCUCGUCCUCAAGUUUCUCCCUCCCUCCAAAUCUCAACAACAAAAUCCACCCAAAUUCCACAGCAAUCACUCGAUUCCCAGGACGGCUCUCCUCGUUUUCUUCACCAUCGUCUCUCUCUCUCGCUCGCUCUGCUUCAAUCUGGGUUUUGAUCCGUGGGGCUUGAAUUAUUCUUCUGCCAACUGUGCUAAAGGAUUAAGAAUUGUGUGUUUGGAUUCACAGGAAACUGGCGUGCUAAAAGACCCUGCCUAAACUGGUAUAAGUUUAUAUGUUUAGCUUUGGAGUUACACCUCUUGAAGGCUAGAAGCGAACUGGGAGCGUCAGGAAACUUGAUGUUCUGAUCUAGCAUGUCAAACAAUCUUCUGUCACCACGGUUGCCAAUAUCAAUCUUGGAAGAUCUUGUUAAUGGAUCAAUCACGACCUGAAGAUAUGAACCACACUCAGAUUAUUAUUGACAUACCUGGGAGUAGUGAUGCCUCCCCAUCUAGCUUGCCUCAUGGUAGAUCUUUAAAUAACUCAAAUGCAUCACAGCAAGAGGACAGACCUUCAACUAGUCCAAGAGGACCUGCAUUCCAACCUUCAAUCUUUUCAUCUAAUGGACCAAACUCUAGGAACACUUCAAUGGUAAGGAGAGGGGAGACUCGCCACCGCAGAAGUCCAUUGAAUUCUGGAUUGUGGAUUUCCAUUGAACUUGUUCUUACAGUGAGCCAAAUCGUUGCAUCUAUUGUUGUUUUGUCUUUGUCAAGGCAUGAGCGUCCUCACACCCCGUUGUUUGCUUGGAUUAUUGGUUAUGCGUCUGGAUGUGUUGCUAUUCUUCCUCUUCUUUACUGGCGCUAUCGUCACCGCAACCAGGCUGCAGAACAAGAUUCUGCUCAAGCUCGUCAGAAUUCUCAGGUUAAUGUGCCAGCAAGACCAUUUUCUUUUUCUUUUUCUAGAGCUGCAGAAGGAGAAGAUCUUCAAACUGGCACUGCAUCUUCAAGAAGCAGUCAAAGUUCCGCAGUACAGAGCAGAAGAAUCAAGGCACUUGUGGAAUACUUCAAGAUGGCAUUGGAUUGUUUCUUUGCGGUUUGGUUUGUCGUUGGCAAUGUUUGGAUUUUUGGUGGGCACUCAUCUGCAGCAGACGCUCCUAACCUGUACAGGUUAUGUAUAGUAUUUCUUACAUUCAGCUGUAUUGGAUACGCCAUGCCUUUCAUUUUAUGUGCAACAAUCUGCUGUUGUCUUCCUUGCAUUAUAUCAGUCCUUGGGUUUCGAGAGGACCUGGCACAGGCACGGGGAGCCACACCUGAAUCAAUUAAUUCUCUGCCAACAUACAAGUUCAAGAUAAAGAAAAACAAAAAUGGCGAUAACAGAGAUGGCGGCAGCUCAGGUGCCACUGAAGGUGGUGUUGUGGCUGCAGGAACUGAGAAGGAGCGUGCAAUCUCUGGAGAGGAUGCGGUUUGUUGCAUCUGCUUGGCUAAAUACGCAAACAACGACGAGCUGAGAGAGUUGCCAUGCUCUCAUUUUUUCCACAAGGACUGCGUGGAUAAGUGGUUAAAGAUCAAUGCAUCAUGUCCCCUUUGCAAGAGCGAGGUCGGCGAGAGCCUUUUGGGCUCCCUCUCCGCAAUCAAUAGCAGCAUUCAUCAAUAGGGCGAUAGAAGGGUGGGCAAUGAAGUGGCCAACACUGUGUUUUAGGCAGUGAACUACCUUCUCCUUUGUGGCUUGGACUACGUCGAUGCUAGAAUUCUGUUUUAAGAUGGAUGGAUGAUUGUCCAAGUUCUCAUCCCUUCCCAUUCUUUUAACUUUUUAUCUUGGGUGAGAAUAGCUAGGUGGAUAUACAGACAGUUUCCUACGUCGUCGGUGUAAGUAAAAAUGAUUUUUUUUUUUUUUUUUUUUUUUUUUUUUUGAAUUUCAAGGACAGAUGGAUGUAAAGAUGAGAGGUUCCGAGAUUUUUAGUUAGAUAAUAAUAGAUGGAUUCUUGUUUGUAUAUACAUUCUCCUUUUCCUCA